GCCGGCCGCCGCUGGCUGGCUUUCCGGGCCAUGAGCCCCCCGGCGGCGGGGCCGGGGUCGGGGUGGUGGCCAGGGCCGGGGCGGGCGGGCGGCGGGCGCUGAGCCAUGUCGCGGGCGGCGGGCGGCGAGUGCCGCAAGGAUGCGGCGGGCUGGGACGGGGAGGACGGGCAGUGCGACUCGGGCAUCGAGUCGCUGCGCUCGCUGCCGGGCGGGAGGGAGACCCCCGCCCCCGCCGCCGAGAUCCCCCCUCCCGCCGCUGACGAGCCUCUGGCCGGGCUGCCGGCCGCCUGCCGCGCCGAGGAGCCGCCGCCGUCGCCCGAGGGGCUCAGCCGGCAGCAGCUGGAGGCGCUCACCUACGUUUCGGAGGACGGGGACACGUUGGUUCACCUGGCCAUUAUCCACUGCGUCCCAGCUGUGGCACUCUGCUGCAUUGCUCAGCUGCCCAGGGAGGUGCUGGAGAUCCAAAAUGAUCUUUUCCAGACCCCGCUCCACCUCGCCGUGUACCUGGAGCAGCCCAGCGUGAUCCAGGCGCUGAUCCACAAGGGAGUGAACCCGGGGCUGCAGGACCGCAACGGCAACACGCCGCUGCACCUGGCCUGCGAGCAGCAGCACCUGCAGUGUGCCCAGCAGCUGCUGCAGGGCUCAGCCCCACCGGAGAGCACGGCGCAGACCCACGGGCACCAACAGGACCUGCAGCUCCAGAACUGGCAAGGCUUGGCCUGCCUGCACAUCAGCACCUUGAAGGGGAACAUCCCCAUGAUGUCUCUGCUGCUGGAGAGCGGUGCCAACAUCGAUGUUCGGGAGGGCACAAGCGGGAAGACCCCAUUGCACCUGGCUGUGGAGUGCCACAACCGCCGGGCUGUCCAGUUCCUGCUGCGCAAUGGGGCGUACGUGGACGCCCAGAUGUACAACGGGUGCACCCCGCUCCACCUGGCCGUGGGCCGCAAGGAUGCUGCCAUCGCCGCCAUCCUCUCACACUCUGGGGCUGACACCCUGCUGAGGAACAUGGAGGAUGAGACAGCCCAGGACCUGGCUGAUGGCAACGACGAUCUCCUCGCCUUGCUGCCCUUCGAUGACCUGAAGAUCUCGGGGAAGCCUGUGGUGUGCUCUGAAUGAGCUCCUGGACUCCUUUGGCCCAUCAGGCUGCCUCCUCGCUCUGCGCUGUUGCCCUGCUGCCUGCUGGGACCUUGCCUGCCUGCAGUUCAGUGGGAGCAGAGACACUUUGGGAGACACUUUCCCUCAUUGGAAAAGUUUUAUUGGCCUCAGGCUGCCUUCUUGGAGGAAAGAAGGUGUUGCUAUGAACACUACACAGGGGAGGCUUUUCUUUUAGUAUUUGUGUCCUCAGCAGGACUGAAUUUCCCCUCGCUGCCAUGGGUCUGACUUGUGGGGGGUCUCCAGCUUACCCGGGGAAGGAGGAAAAGAGGACUUCUUUUCGUGCUGUACGGUGGAUGAAGCAUCCUCUGGCACCCCCGGAUGCCAUCAGAAUAAGUGUGGGGUGAGAAGGGUUAACGCUCACUCUAAUAAAGGUUUGUUCUUGCUG